CAAUAAAAGAAAUUCCGGCACCUUUCUUUUUUCUUUCAAUUUUUGUCUACUAUUUUCCUUCUCUCUCUUUCUUUAAUUUAUUUUUUAUUUCUCUAAUUCCCACACCAUGGUCGUUUCGCAGUUUUUCUCGCCAUUGCGCACGCUGAAAAACAAGGCGCGCGGCACCAAACUAGCGACGACCAGCAGCAGCAGUCCCAGCACAACCACAGCCACAACAGCCGGCCGCAAUUCCGAUUCGUCUUCGGAUUCCGACACUCCACCAGCCACACCCAUGAGCACUGACACCUGUCUGUGCUGCAACAGCAAAGUAACCUUCCCAGCCACCGUCUCCUGUUUCAAAUGCACAGUGUGCGACACAAUAAACGAUCUCCAACCUGUGCGACGCACAGAGAAGACGGUCACGGAUAACAGGGAAGUGCGAGUACGAAUGAGGGAGGCGCCGCCGCCGUUGACGCUGGAUCGACUAAGGGCGGGCGUGCAGGCGUAUAGGAGGGAUUUGGCUAAGCAGGCGCUUUUGGAGGCUAUGUUGAGGGAGUCCUUUGGCAAUUGGGACGUGUUGAAUUUCUCGUUUGUGAAGGCGAAUGUGGAUGAGCCGGAUGCGGCUGAGGUUUGCUUGGAGGAGGUCGCUGCCGCGUAUCGAAUAAUUCUGGAUCUGCCCUCUGGGCUCAUCCGCGCAAUGAUGACUGGGAUCGAGCUGAUCCUGCGACGACCCGGAAGGCCGCUGAAAACCUUCAGCGACAUCCGCUACCUGCUGGUAAUCCUCGAGAAUCCGCUGCUCCAACAGCAGACCUUUGCGCAGGAGGCCUCCUACCACCACCACAUACUCAAAAGCAUUCUCGGCGUAUUGUCCAACCUCCCCAACGCCACACACAACGCCCUCGUCCUCCACCUCUCCAAGCACCACGGCCGCUCCUCGCUCAAGCGUAAAAUCCACCUGGUCAACCAAUUCAUAUCCUACCGCGUGCAAAAAUACGAUCGCGCCAAUCAAAGGCGCCGCAACAUGGAGCAGCAGAAGCCCUUGACUGCAUAUUCGGAGCAAUCAGCAAUGAGUGAGCUACCGGCUUUCCACCAGCAACGCACCAUUGGCUCUGCCGCACAGGGCCGU